GUCAGGUCAAGUCAUCAUGGCCAUUAGGCUGAUGGUUGAGGCAUUGCAAACCUUAUCCAUGGCUACGUCGUUUACAUUCCUUACCUCGUAAUAUCCACCGUGAAUCAAGGCCUGCGUUUUCAUAUUCCACAAAUAUUCUGUGUUUUUAAGAUAUAUUCUUCCGUGGUCGCCUCAGCCACUUACAGUAUUGUCCUUUCCUCUUGUCGUAGAAAAUUGAACAUUCUACAACAUCUAAGGAGUACCUGGGUAUGAUUCACGGCUCCUCGACCACUCACAACAUGCCCACCUCUACAAAUCCCGCCAUCACGGCCUACCGGGUAUACCACAUGGGCCAAGCCAAACUCGACAAUGAAUGUCGUCGACAGACACCAGACCUCCACAGAAUAGUAGCUCAUGCAUCACUCGUCGACAGCGUCCGGCGCUGGUCUCGUGACCUCGCCGAGCCAUCCGAGACAGUCCUCGUCGACUCCAGUUCCGACGAAGAUUCCGAUCCUUUCGAGGACUGCUUUGAAGAAGAAGACGACGACGACAAAGACCCUGUCAAGUCAGGCGACGUAGCCAUCUUUGACUGCGACGGCGACGGCGACGCUGAAGACGAAGACCAUCAUGUCAUCAACUCUCAAUCCCAAAGCAAAUCUUUCGAAAUCAACGCCGGCAUCGUACACCACGUCCAGAACGAGAAAAAGACACAAUCAAGAACUCCACUCAGCCCGAAGAGACGGCCUCCUCCACCGCCGUCAUCAAAGUACGAAUUCAAGGAUCAACCUUGGAGGCAGAAUCGGCCGAUCACGGUCAGUGAGACCGCCAUUGAGGUCGACGAGGACGAUUGAGGUUUUUGGCGCUGAUGCGAGGGCUGGUUCUUCACCUCUACAAAAGAGCAGGACGACAAAAAGGUUCCUGAUUAUUAUUGAUACCCACGACUUUUUACGAUUCAAAAACGCUACGAACGUUACGACACGAGUUGAAUGAUUCAUGUUGAGCACGACGGGCCGCAGGAGGUCCGUCGAGAGCUCCGAGUCAGUCCCGUUUUUGGCUACGCUUCGAUCCAAGCAAUGAUCUGUCUACAGUGCCAACCCAGUAGUCGUGGUUAUGUGAAGCCAGCCUGGGAAAACAUUGGGCACACUCACGAGCUCGUACAAUUACGGUCGGUCCGGAGUACGAAGUACUUUCAUAUGAAUUCCAGCUUCUGCCGGAUCUAACAUCCGCUAUCUGGGACAUGAAGAGUCGUGAGAUUGUCGGCCUUGGUGGCAAACGAGGGGCAGAUCAGGUAUGUGCUGGAGACGGAUCCGAAGUGUACCUAGGUAGACGAUUGUACAAUACGAAGAUUUACAGUCAAUAUAUCUAAUCCUCUAGUCAAACCAAAA